AUGAAAUUCAUUGUAUAUUUGCAUUUUGUCCCUCAAAUUCAUCCGGUCUUCAUUUUUACUUUCAAAAAACGAUUGGCACUAAUUCUGGAAACGCUCUACAAUUAUGAGAAACCCACGAUUUGCACUUUUUACAUUAUUUUUUUGCAUUUUCGGCACAAGCAUAUUAUUAGUAGCGUCGCAGCGAUCCGCUCCGGUUGA